AUGCUGUCGGACGAGCUCUUUUCGUCGGUGUGCGGCCCGCCCAUCGCUGCCAACACGGCGAUAUCAAAAGACGUUGGCAUCUACGCACACACGCUCACUCCCACGUGGGCCGUCAAGGCAUCCUUCAAGAAAAGCUCAGCUCCGGUUCACUGCCUGGCUCUAAGCGAUAGCCACGUGUACGCUGCCCAGGAUCAGAAAGCCCAUGUCCAUGUUUAUUCUCGAGCUCGAGGAAACCAAGAGGCCCUUGUGCCCUUCCAGGAACGGAUCCGGUGUAUUGCCCUCGCUGGUGACGUUCUCGUUCUGGGAACAGCCGAGGGCCGGCUUAUUCUUUGGGAGACCUGUACCGGGCGGCAAAUCACAACGCCUCCGUGCCAUGUGCAAGCAGUAAGCUGUGUUGCUGCAUCUCCCCACCAUGUGCUCUCUGCCUCAGAUGACUCCAACAUCAAUGUCUGGUCCUUGCCGCGCCUCCUUGAGCCUGGGCAGGAUAUCGGGCAUGAGCCAGACAGGACACUGUCCAACCACCGAGGUGCCAUCACCGAUCUUGUCCUAGGCCCAGGCUCCAACCCCGAGACAAAUUUGUGUGUAUCUGCGAGCAAGGACAAGACUUGCAUCUUGUGGAACUAUCAGACAGGUCAAGUGUUGCGAACACUGCUGUUUCCCACGGCUCCUCUCUGCAUCUCCUUGGAUCCUUGUGCUCGAGCCCUCUUUGUCUCUUCCGAAGAUCGAAGCCUCUAUGUCGUUGAGUUUUAUGGCGACAAGCCGCUUCUGGGAUCCCGCAGCGCUGAGCUGGCAUCUAUAGUUAUGCAAAUCAACUCCCCCUUGGGGGUGGCUGAUGAGGACGUCGGGCCUGCCUCUUGCAUGGCAGUCAGCUAUGAUGGCACCUCAAUCGUCACAGGUCACGUCAAGGGUAAGAUUCUGAAGUGGAAUCUCAUCGACAACAGUCAUCCCACAGGACUAGCAAACCUCAACGCAUCUGUCACGAAUGUUGCCUUUGCCCCUCUCCUAUCAGAGAAGCAAAACAGCCAGGCCGCCACAAUCAUUAAGCCGAACCAAUCUCAACGGCAAUAUACCCUGACAGCUCAGUUACAAGGCGACCUGAGCCACGGCACGAGAUUUGAUCGCAUGCUUAAUACCAAUGGAUUCUCUGACGAAACCAUUGCACAAGCUUUGGCUUCAUUUGGCGCCUCUCCGUCCACUUCAUGA